CUGGAACGUUCCGCUAGCUUGGUUCAGGAUGCCGAAAGUGGUGUUGUACGCAAGAUACCAAAGAAGAGUGCAACCCAUAUCACCAUGCGCAUUUUGAUGCAGGCCUUUACGAUGACCUUCCUGGCCGAAUGGGGCGAUCGUUCGCAACUAACCACCAUUAUUUUGGCCGCCAGCAAGAAUGUCUAUGGCGUCAUUACCGGCGGUAUUAUUGGCCACUCCAUCUGCACCGGUUUGGCUGUAAUCGGUGGACGUAUGGUGGCCGCUAAAAUUUCUGUGCGCACUGUUACAAUACUCGGUGGCAUUGUAUUUAUAGGGUUUGCAGUGUAUGCUUUGAUUGUAAAACCAGACGAUAUUUAAAGUGCAACUUAAACAAAAAAAAAAAAAAUGGAAAUUCAUGUGCGAAAUGACGAAGAUAAACGCAACGGAAAUAUGCAGCAUCAAAAAUAAUUUACUUUAGUUUCAUACUAACAAACCAAUUCUAUAUUUUUUACAAAGUAAAGUGCUCAAAGUGUUUUAAUAGUUUUCACUUAUUUUUUUUGUUUCAAAUUUAUUUAGAUAAUUUUAUAAGAUACCGAACUUUAACAAGUAAAGUGCCUUCCUUUUGCCAUUUAGAAAAUUAUUUAUUCAAAGAGUUCACAAAAACUGCAGAAAAAUGUGCUAAAGCAAUAUGCAACCAUGACAUUUUUAGUUGGUUUUUAACAUAAAAUUGGCGCGCAUUAAUUAUUCGAAAUUCGUUCAUUUGUAAUUCGUUUCGAAUUGCUGCAUAGCUCUUUCUUAUGAUGCACUUAAAUAUACAUUUAUAAGUUGUUACUAUUUGCCAAUAUUACUUAAUGUAAAACAGUCUGUGUUGCUUACUCUUACAAUACAUGUUGUGUAAAUAAGCUCAGCGUGUGUAACAAAAGUUAUAUAAAUUUCAAAAAAAAAAAAACGAAAUAAAUAAUCACUGACUGUAUAAGCAAUCAAAUCCUACCUACUACUGAAAUGUUUUGUAAAUCCGCUCGAAGAUGCAAUUGACAAAAUUGCCUGCAUUGAUGUAAAUUAAAACGAAUAAGAAAAAAAGCUACCAAAAAUAAAAGCU